AGGGCCAUUGACGGCCCGCGUUGUUGGUGGGUGGCAGAGCGGGAGUUCCGAGGCCUAGCGGGAGCUUGAGCCGCGAUGCCCGAGUAUUUGCAGGAUCCGUCGGUGCUGACCAAAGAGCGGCUGAAGAGUGAGCUGAUCGCCCACAGCGUGCAGCUGCCGCUCGGGGACCAGCGCAAAGAUGUCUACGUCCAGCUUUACCUCCAGCACCUGACGGCGCGGAACAGUGGCCGCGGCACGGACUUCUCCAGCGAUGAGGAGGCGGACAGCGGACUGGGGGCAACCCGAGGCCGGGGCCGAGCAGGCAGGAAAGCCACAAAAAAGACGGAUAAAACCACUGUGGAAGAGAAAGAAUUCAUCGAGGUGUCUGAUUUGUCAGAUGAAGAUUUAAAAGAGCAACUUAUAAAAUAUGGAUUUUCUGCAGGUCCUAUUGUGGCCACCACAAGGAAGAUUUACGAGAAAAAGCUGGAGCAGCUGAUGGACCAGGGCUCAGUAACUCAGGAAAACCAACCAAAUGGGAGCACAGAUUCUGAUCAGUACAGUGACACGGAAGAAGAGAUUGUAAUGGAAAAGAAGGAGCUGUUUACAAGCAAGACCAAAACUCCUGUAGUAACCAGGCAGAGAAAAACUGAAUUUAGUUGGGUGGAACAAAAGGAAGUAGUGAGGGACAAUUUGCGAGAAGAAAUAUUCCCCGAUGAGGCACCAACACCUACAGGGAUCAGUGCCACUUGUCGUAAACCAAUCAGAGGAGCAGCUGGGAGACCAAUUGAGUUCACGUACAAGGACGCACUUCCAAGGAGGCCUUUACCCAAAAUCCAGCCAGUGACACAGGGCAAAUUGGAAAAGAAUAAAAGUCAGCGUUCUGUCUCCAUCUGGAUACAGAUUGUGGUGCUUCUCAUCGUGGCAUUAUUCUUGCUGUUGGUUUAUCAAGCCAUGGAAACAAACAAAGGGAAUCCAUUCCCUGUCAUUCCUGAAAGUUCCUCAAAAUCAGCAGCUGGCGGUCACCAAUGAGCAAGGCGGUACAGGAACUUUAACCAUUGGUACAUCCUGGAGUUCAGGCGUGAACAAACAGUUCUGUUUUAUUAAUAUCGGAACGGAGCUUGAGGGUUGAGGGGUCAGCAGGAGGAAACUGGACAUCUGACUUUUAAAGAUGGACUAUAUCAGGUCUCUGUGCCAUAUAAGGAAAAAGAAAAUUCAUUUAAAAAUUACAGCUUCAAAUUUUUUUGUAAAAUAUUUUUCUAAAUUCAAAAUUUCUUCACCCAUUUUAAAAACUAUCACAAUACAAUUGGCACAAUGAGGGUAAUGAAGGUCUGAUGAGCACUGCGAUGUGUUUUAAGUCAUCCUCCAUAAGGAUUGUAUAUAAAGUCAGUAGUAAUGUUCAAUCUUUUAUACCUGUUGAGGCAUGGUUAAGACUAUUCUUGAGGCAUGAGGUCAAAAGUCUGAGUUCUAAAAAUAAUGCUGUGAUCCAAGUAAUGUUAGUUGAAUUGUGUAUGUCAGGUAAAAUGAGGAUUAAAAUAGAAUGAAAGUUCUCUGCAUUAAUGCUUAAAGCAGGAAAUACAUUUACUUGUAGCAGAAUAUGUUUGAAAAUAAUGGCAUCUUUCAGUAAGUAAUUUAAUUAAAUAGAAUUACAAAUCUCAUCAUGAGCCUAGGCACAUACAUAUCAGGUUUUCUUCACUGUUCAUUGCUCUUUUCAGUAUAUAGUCAUUUAGGGACAUGCAUGUACAGUCAUAACAUAGACUUGUGUGUUUUAAUUGUUUAGAACUGUCUUUUUAGAGGACCUAUUUAUUAGCAAUACUAACAUUCGUAUUAAAAUAAAAUGACUAAAAUAA